AUGGCCGCUCCCUAUACCCAGCCCGAGAACGCCAUCGAUGAAACUGAGUUCAUCGAUGACCAUCAUGCCCACCACAGGGACUCAGUCCACCAUCGCCUGCGCGCCAAUUCGGCCAUUAUUCAGUUCCAGAAGAUCCUCGUCGCCAACCGUGGCGAGAUUCCCAUCCGUAUUUUCCGUACCGCGCACGAGCUGUCACUCCAGACCGUUGCUAUCUUCUCCUAUGAGGAUCGACUUUCUAUGCACCGCCAAAAGGCUGACGAGGCCUACAUGAUCGGUAAACGUGGUCAAUAUACCCCCGUUGGCGCCUAUCUGGCCAGCGACGAGAUCGUUAAGAUUGCCCAGGAGCACGGUGUGCACCUGAUUCACCCCGGUUAUGGUUUCUUGUCCGAGAACGCCGAAUUUGCCCGCAAGGUUGAGGCGGCUGGAAUGGUCUUUGUCGGACCCACUCCUGACACCAUUGACAGCCUCGGUGACAAGGUCUCCGCCCGCCGCCUGGCUAUCCGCUGCGGUGUGCCCGUUGUCCCCGGUACUGAGGGUCCCGUUGAACGCUAUGAGGAGGUCAAGGAAUUCACAGACACUUAUGGAUUCCCCAUUAUCAUCAAGGCUGCCUUUGGUGGUGGUGGCCGUGGUAUGCGUGUCGUCCGCAACCAGGCUGACCUGCGUGACUCCUUUGAGCGUGCUACCUCGGAGGCUCGUUCGGCCUUUGGUAACGGUACCGUCUUCGUCGAGCGUUUCCUCGACAAACCCAAACACAUUGAAGUCCAGCUUCUUGGUGAUAAUCAUGGCAACGUGGUCCACCUGUUCGAGCGUGACUGCUCCGUCCAGCGUCGUCACCAGAAGGUCGUCGAGAUCGCCCCCGCCAAGGACCUCCCCUCCGACGUCCGUGACCGCAUCCUGGCUGAUGCUGUCAAGCUCGCCAAGUCGGUCAACUACCGUAACGCUGGUACCGCUGAGUUUUUGGUCGACCAGCAGAACCGCUACUACUUCAUCGAGAUCAACCCUCGUAUCCAGGUCGAACAUACCAUCACGGAAGAAAUUACUGGCAUCGAUAUCGUUGCUGCUCAGAUUCAGAUCGCUGCUGGUGCUACCCUCGAGCAGCUGGGGUUGACCCAGGACCGCAUUACCACCCGCGGAUUUGCUAUUCAAUGUCGUAUCACCACUGAAGACCCUUCCAAGGGGUUCUCCCCCGACACCGGUAAGAUCGAGGUGUACCGUUCCGCUGGUGGCAAUGGUGUCCGUUUGGACGGUGGUAACGGGUUUGCCGGUGCCAUCAUUACUCCUCACUAUGAUUCCAUGCUUGUCAAGUGUACUUGCCGUGGUUCUACCUACGAGAUUGCUCGCCGCAAGGUUGUGCGUGCUCUCGUCGAAUUCCGUAUUCGCGGUGUGAAGACCAAUAUUCCUUUCUUGACUUCCCUGCUCAGUCACCCCACCUUUGUUGAUGGUACCUGCUGGACCACUUUUAUUGAUGAUACCCCCGAACUUUUCACCCUGGUUGGCAGCCAGAACCGUGCCCAGAAGCUACUUGCUUACCUCGGUGACGUUGCCGUCAACGGUAGCAGCAUCAAGGGCCAGAUUGGUGAGCCCAAGCUGAAGGGCGCCGUAAUCAGGCCCACUCUGCUUGAUGCUGCAGGAAAGCCCCUGGAUGUUUCUGUUCCUUGCACCAAGGGCUGGAAGCAGAUUCUAGACCAGCAGGGCCCUGAGGCCUUUGCCAAGGCCGUGCGGGCUAACAAAGGUUGCUUGAUCAUGGACACCACCUGGCGUGAUGCUCACCAGUCGUUGCUCGCAACUCGUGUUCGUACCAUCGAUCUGCUCAACAUUGCGCACGAGACCAGCCAUGCCUACGCCAACGCUUACAGUCUAGAGUGUUGGGGCGGUGCCACAUUCGACGUCGCCAUGCGCUUCCUCUUCGAAGAUCCCUGGGAUCGUCUGCGCAAGAUGCGCAAGGCCGUUCCUAAUAUUCCCUUCCAAAUGCUGCUUCGGGGCGCUAACGGAGUUGCUUACUCCUCUCUGCCCGACAAUGCCAUCUACCACUUCUGUAGGCAGGCUAAGAAGUGCGGUGUCGAUAUUUUCCGUGUCUUCGACGCUCUCAACGAUAUUGACCAGCUCGAAGUUGGCAUCAAGGCAGUCCAAGCCGCUGGAGGUGUUGUCGAAGCUACCGUCUGCUACAGUGGUGAUAUGCUGAACCCCCAUAAGAAGUACAACCUAGAAUACUACCUGGCUCUCGUGGACAAGAUAGUCCAAUUAAAGCCCCACGUCCUUGGUAUCAAGGAUAUGGCCGGUGUGCUGAAGCCCCAGGCUGCUCGCCUACUUAUUGGUGGUAUCCGUCAGCGUUAUCCUGACCUCCCCAUCCACGUUCACACCCACGACUCUGCUGGAACUGGUGUGGCAUCUAUGAUUGCCUGCGCCCAGGCGGGUGCAGAUGCUGUCGAUGCCGCCACUGACAGCAUGUCGGGUAUGACCUCGCAGCCCAGUAUUGGUGCUAUCCUUGCUUCCCUCGAGGGAACUGAGCAGGACGCUGGUCUUGACCGUGCCCAGGUGCGCGCAAUUGAUAGCUACUGGGCUCAGCUGCGUCUUCUGUAUUCUCCAUUCGAGGCGGGUCUUACUGGCCCCGACCCUGAGGUCUAUGAGCACGAAAUCCCCGGUGGCCAAUUGACCAACCUUAUCUUCCAGGCCAGCCAGCUUGGUCUGGGCCAGCAGUGGGCUGAGACUAAGAAGGCCUACGAAGCUGCGAACGAUCUCCUGGGCGAUAUUGUCAAGGUUACCCCGACUUCCAAGGUCGUUGGUGACCUGGCCCAAUUCAUGGUGUCUAACAAGCUGACUUCUGAGGAUGUCGUUGCCCGCGCGGCAGAGUUGGACUUCCCUGCUUCUGUCUUGGAGUUCCUUGAAGGUCUUAUGGGCCAGCCAUACGGUGGAUUCCCAGAGCCGCUCCGCUCUCGGGCUCUCCGGGACCGCCGCAAGCUCGAUAAGCGUCCCGGCCUCUUCCUGGAGGCUUUGGAUUUGGCCAAGAUUAAGAACCAGAUUCGCGAGAAGUUUGGAGCUGCCACUGAGUACGAUGUGGCCAGCUAUGCUAUGUAUCCCAAGGUGUUCGAGGACUACAAGAAGUUCGUUCAGAAGUACGGUGACCUGUCCGUUCUCCCUACCCGUUACUUCCUGGCUAGGCCUGAAAUUGGCGAGGAAUUCCAUGUCGAGCUGGAGAAGGGUAAAGUGCUUAUCCUGAAGCUUCUCGCCAUUGGUCCUCUCUCUGAGCAGACUGGUCAGCGUGAGGUCUUUUACGAAGUGAACGGAGAAGUCCGUCAGGUCAGCGUCGAUGACAAGAAGGCAUCCGUGGACAAUGUGGCUCGCCCUAAGGCUGAGCUGGGCGAUAGCAGCCAGGUUGGCGCACCCAUGAGCGGCGUCGUUGUUGAGAUCCGUGUUCACGAAGGCUCUGAAGUCAAGAAGGGCGAUCCUGUUGCGGUUCUGAGCGCUAUGAAGAUGGAAAUGGUGAUUUCCGCUCCACACAGUGGCAAGGUAUCCGGCUUGCUAGUUAAGGAGGGUGACUCCGUCGAUGGACAGGAUCUCAUUUGCAGGAUCGCCAAGGCUUAA